AUGCCGCUCUCGCUGCCUUCGCGCCGCAUUUGCCGAAAGCCCCGGCGCGCUGCUGUUCGCCGCAAAGCCGGCAGCUCGCUGGAAGAAUGGGCGCGGUCCGGAGGCGGCUUUGGCAGAGCGGCCGUCGGGGCGGGCGAGGCGGACGAGGUUCGGACGGAUCUGGUUCGCAUCGAUCAGCUGGCGCAGGAGGAGCUGUCCCGCGCCGAAGGCCGAACGUCGCCGAGUCCGAGCUCGGCCCUGGCGCAGAGCAUCCGCCAGGCGGCCGAGCAGUUGGAGGUGGGCCUGGUGGAGCGCUCCGCAGAGGUCCGUCUGCUGCUCCUGGCGGCCUUCUGCGGCGAGCACGUGCUGCUGCUGGGCCCCCCAGGCACUGCGAAGAGCCUGCUGGCGCGGCGCAUCAGCCGCUUCCUGGGGCCGACGGCCACCUUCUUCGAGCGGCUGCUGACGCGCUUCUCGGUGCCAGAGGAGCUCUUUGGGCCGCUGUCUUUGAAGGGCCUGGAGGAGGACGAGUACGUCCGGAAGACGGCGGGGUACCUGCCCGAGGCGUCCCUGGCCUUUGUGGACGAGAUCUUCAAGGCGAACUCGGCCAUCCUCAACACGCUGCUCUCCGUGGUGAACGAGCGGACCUUCGACAAUGGGCCCACCAAGGUGCCCGUGCCCUUGAGGAGCCUCGUGGCGGCCUCCAAUGAGGCCCCGGAGUCCGAGGAGCUGCAGGCGCUCUUUGACCGCCUGCUCUUCCGCGUCCACGUGCGCCCCGUGUCGGAGGAGGCCUUGGCGGAGCUGGUGGCUGCCACAGCGCUGUCGGAGUCGGACUCGGACGAAGAGGAAGCCGAGGGCCUGGCGUUGGGCGUUGCGGAGGCAGAGGCGGCACGGCGCUGUGCCGGAAAGGUGGAGGUGCCUUCGGAGGUGGUGGAGGUGCUGAGGGACUGCCGCCGCUUCCUGAGCGCCCUGGAGACCCCGGAGCCGGUCUCGGACCGGCGCCUCGGGCAGGCGGUCCGGGUGCUACAGGUGGUCGCCCACUGCUGCGGGCGCCAGCGAGUGGAGCUGUGCGACUGCGCGCUGCUGGCCUACGUCUUCUGGAGCUCGGUGGCCUCGGAGGACCUGUUCCGUGGCUUCCUCUUCCAGCGCCUGGCGCGGCAAAAGGGCCGGGCGCUGGGUGCCAUCUUGGGAGGCCUGCUGGACCGGGUGGAGACCAAGGUCACCGGGCCGGAGCUGCCGCAGGAGCUGGCGGCGCUGCGGCGCGCGGUGGAGCAGGAGGCCGCGGAGGCGGAGAGGCAGCAGAGCCUGGCGCGCGAGCACUGCUGGCUGCCGCCCAAAGACGUGGAGGCGCUCUGCCGGGCUCUGGACAAAGCGCUGGAUGCAGGCAAUGGGCCCAGGACUUUGCUGCUGGAGAUCGUGCGACUCUCUGUGGCCACAGAGCUGUGUGCGGACGUGGGCGCCUACAUCAGGCUGCGCCGCAGCGGAGGGGAUCUGGAGUGGCCGCAGCUCGGGGAGGUCUCGGAGAGCCCGAUGGGCGACGAUGAGCAGACCUUCAAGCUAGGGAAGCACAAAGGCGAGGUCGCCCGGGAGGACGUGGACUACUGCAGCCUGGUCCAGCGGAAGGUGGCGGAGAGCGGCUUCGCCGGGCAAACGCCCCUGGACAAGCGCCUCAGCGUCAUGGGAGAUUUCCGCGAAUUCGACCCGGACGUGCAGAUUGGCAGCCCGCGGUCGCUGGCGGCCUGCGAUGCCCAGGGCAUCUUGCCCAAGGAGCUGGCCUACAAGCCCCUGGAGCUCUUCCAGCUGCCAGGCCUCGACCCCCGAAUCGUGCAGCUCCGCUAUGAGUUCAUGGAGGCACGCAGGCAGGACAUGCUGCAGGCUGCGCGGGCCACGCGGCAGGUCAUCAUCGAGCUGGCUGAAGAGGCCGAACGUGCUGAGGCGGCGGAGGGCCGGGAUCUGCAUCUCCAGCUGCAACCGAGUUGGCACGAGGGUGGCCCGCCCGAUCCGAACCUCUCUGGGGCGCCCACCACGCCCUAUCCGGUGGCUCUAGGCUUCUUUCGCGAGGUCUUGGACGAGUACUCCAUCCUUCGCGCACAGGCGUCGCCUCCGUCCAGCCCAUCGGGCGGUUCGGGCGGUUCGACGGGCGAGGUGUCGCUGCCGCCCAUGUCGCCCUCUGUGAGCCUGGGCAGGUCCUUGCGGCCCAAGAAGCUCCAGCGGAGCUGCUCCGAGACACAGGUGCGAGACCUGAUCCAGAAGAUGAAGCAAGUGCCAAGGGCCAACCAGGUGGAUGAGGAGUUCGCGCGGAAGAGUGCCGACCUGCAUCUCAUCUACCCCAAGCUGGAGUCCAAGUGGCGCAACAACGCCCUUCAGGAGAAGCGGCGCCUGGUGCGGCGCCGCGCGGAGAUGGCCACCGACUGCUUUGACCGCCUGGUGAUCGAGGACGAGGAGAAGUUCGAGGCUCUGAAGCUGCGGGCGGCCAUGCACCAGCUGUCCAUGGAGGACGACCCCACCCGGUCGAUCGGCUGCAGCCCGAGCGGCACCGCGACCUCCUGGCGAUCUUCCGGCUCGCGAGUGACCCACGCGGACAGGGAGGACGCCGCGAGGGACAAGAUCCUGGGCGGCUUCCGGGACUUCGAGAUCCAGCGCACUGAGAAGCUCAUGCAGAAGAUCGAGCAGGAGCAUGCGAUCCAGGAGAGGGUCAUUGAGCAGGCCGCCAACAUCAAGUGGAGGAUGGCCACCAAGGUGCUGGAGGAACGGCUGAGGUGGCGCUUGAAGCACAACCAGGUGGCCCAGGCGGCGGAGGAGCGCGAGCGCGCGAAGAUGGAGCACUUCGAGAAGCGGCAGGAGAUGCAGCGUCAGCAGCGGCUCCGCAGCGACGACUCCAGCGAGAUCCGAAAGGAGAUUAGACACCUCCGGGAUGUGGGCCGGAAGUUGAACCAGGUGCAGAGAGAGCGGAAGGAGGCCUGGCGUCUGGCCAAGAAGAAGCGCGAGAGCAUGGAGAAGCACUUCGCGCACCAGGGCAUGAAGAUGCCCCAAGUCUCACGGUGA